AUGCAGAACCUGACUGAACUUCCAGCCAAUGCAACAUCCCAGAGAAGCCUGUCUGUCAUCAUCAAGGUGUGUGUGGCAAUCCCCUUCUUCUGCAUCUUCCUGUGCUGCAUUGCUGUUAUGCUGCACAUCUUUGCGUCUCACAGGCAGUUCCUGGAGACGUCCCGUUACAUCCUGUUUACCUACAUGCUGAUCAAUGACACCCUCCAGCUCUUGUCCUCUGUGGUGCUCUUCCUCUGUGUCAUGGGUCAGGUGAAAUUUGCUAUUGUGUACUGUGUUCCUCUUCUGUUCAUAUCCACUGCCACUUUCCAGAACACACCCUUAAUCCUGGCCACCAUGUCACUGGAGCGUUAUGUCGCCAUCUUCUAUCCGCUCCAACAGCCGGCCACCUGGCACUCAGACCGUAUCUGGAUCAUUAUUCUGUCUCUUUGGUUCAUCAGUUGUAUCUUCCCUAUCAUUGAAUACUCCAUUGGGGAACUUGAUCUUGCUCUAGAUGUCCUCUCUACCCCUGUGCUUUGCAAACCUGUCGUCGUCACCUCAUCUCCAAUCCAGAAAUUGUUCAAAGCUGCUAUAAAUGUGCUCUUCUUUGCAGUAGUGGCUGUCAUCAUCCUCUUUACAUAUGUGAGAAUCCUGCUCGAAACCAGGAAGCUGAGACAGGACAGAGAAUCUGUGAGCAAAGCCAUGCACACUGUGCUGCUCCACGGCUUUCAGUUGUUGCUAUGUAUGCUGGCCUUCACUCACCCUAUCACUGAAACUCUCAUAGUGCUGCACGCCAACUGGCUACCGGAAGACAUCGCCUUUUUUAAUUACUUCUGCUUCAUACUAAUCCCACGCUUUCUCAGCCCGCUCAUCUACGGCUUUAGAGAUCAGAACCUCAGGGGCUACAUUGGGAAAACAUUCCUCUGCUGCUCAAAAAAAGUCAAAGCCACACGUUGA